CCUGGCAGCAGCAUGAGGAGGCGGUACAGGGGCCCAUGACAGAUUACGGGCCUGGCAGCAGCAAGAGGAGGCGCAGCAUGAGGAGGCGGUACAGGGGCCCAUGGCAGAAUGGCGAAGCGUAAGCAGCUUAAAUUGAAGGCCAUACAGAGGCCUAUGUUAAAAAGUCCCCCAGCAGCAGCGUGGGGAGACGACUAUCAAGAGUCCAAUGGCAGAGUGGCGGAGCAGAAGCAGCUUCAAUAGAGGAAGAGGAAGAGGAAGAAGAUGAGGAGGAUGAAGAAGAAGAAGAAGAAGAAGAAGAGGAUGAGGAAGAGGAAGAAGAAGAAGAAGAGGAUGAGGAUGAAGAAGAGGAUGAGGAUGAAGAAGAAGAAGAAGAAGAGGAUGAUGGUGAGGAAGAAGAAGAAGAAGAGGAUGAGGAUGAUGAUGAAGAAGAAGAAGAAGAAGAAGAAGAAGAAGAAGAAGAAGAGGAGGAUGAGGAUGAAGAAGAAGAGGAUGAGGAUGAAGAAGAAGAAGAGGAUGAGGAUGAAGAAGAAGAGGAUGAGGAUGAAGAAGAAGAGAAUGAGGAUGAAGAAGAGGAUGAGGAUGAAGAAGAAGAGAAUGAGGAUGAAGAAGAGGAUGAGGAUGAAGAAGAAGAAGAAGAGGAUGAGGAUGAAGAAGAAGAAGAAGAAGAAGAAGAGGAUGAGGAUGAGGAAGAAGAAG